CGGGAGGAGUCCGAGUCUUGAGGGGCCGGGCCGGGCGGAUUCCCUUCUCUCCCAAUGUGAGCAGUGUCCUGAGCGCCCCCCCCGUCAGGCGAAGGCUGCCCAGAGAGCUGGAGCCGGUGGCCGGGCCGGGAACAUGAGGCAGUGUCUCCUCUUCCUGACCAGCGUGGUUCCUUUCGUGCUGGCGCCGCGACCUCCGGACGGGCCGGGCUUCGGCUCCCCGCAGCGACUCGAAAAGCUUGAUUCUUUACUCUCAGACUACGAUAUCCUCUCUUUAUCCAAUAUCCAGCAGCACUCAGUAAGAAAACGGGAUCUACAAGCCUCAACACAUUUAGAAACACUACUAACUUUUUCAGCCUUGAAAAGGCAUUUUAAAUUAUACCUGACGUCAAGUACUGAACGCUUUUCCCAGAAUUUCAAAGUCGUGGUGGUAGAUGGUAAAGACGAAAGCGAGUAUGCCGUCAAGUGGCAGGACUUCUUUACUGGACACGUGGUCGGUGAGCCUGACUCUAGAGUUCUAGCCCACAUAGGAGAUGAUGAUAUUACAGUAAGAAUCAACACAGAUGGGGCAGAAUAUAAUAUAGAGCCACUUUGGAGACUAAUUAAUGAUACUACAGACAAAAGAAUGUUAGUUUAUAAAUCUGAAGAUAUCAAGAAUAUUUCACGUCUGCAGUCUCCAAAAGUGUGUGGUUAUAUAAAGGCGGAUAAUGAAGAGUUGCUUCCAAAAGGGCUAGUAGACAGAGAGCCACCUGACGAGCUUGUUCAUCGGGUGAAGAGAAGAGCUGACCCUAAUCCCAUGAAGAACACGUGUAAAUUGUUGGUGGUAGCAGAUCAUCGCUUUUACAAAUACAUGGGCAGAGGGGAAGAGAGCACAACUACAAAUUACUUGAUAGAGCUUAUUGACAGAGUUGAUGACAUCUAUCGGAACACUUCAUGGGACAACGCGGGUUUUAAAGGUUACGGAAUACAGAUCGAGCAGAUUCGCAUUCUCAAGUCUCCACAAGAUGUGAAACCUGGUGAAAGGCACUAUAACAUGGCAAAAAGUUAUCCAAAUGAAGAAAAGGAUGCUUGGGAUGUGAAGAUGUUGCUAGAGCAAUUUAGCUUUGAUAUAGCUGAGGAAGCAUCUAAAGUCUGCCUCGCACAUCUUUUCACCUAUCAAGAUUUUGAUAUGGGAACUCUUGGAUUAGCUUACGUUGGUUCUCCCAGAGCAAACAGCCACGGAGGUGUUUGUCCAAAGGCUUACUAUAGUCCAAUUGGAAAGAAGAAUAUCUAUUUGAAUAGUGGUUUGACCAGCACAAAAAAUUAUGGUAAAACCAUCCUUACAAAGGAAGCUGACCUGGUUACAACUCAUGAAUUGGGACACAAUUUUGGAGCAGAACAUGAUCCGGAUGGCCUAGCGGAAUGUGCCCCAAAUGAGGACCAGGGAGGAAAAUAUGUUAUGUAUCCCAUAGCGGUGAGUGGAGAUCACGAGAACAAUAAGAUGUUUUCAAACUGCAGUAAGCAGUCCAUCUAUAAGACCAUUGAAAGUAAGGCCCAGGAGUGUUUCCAAGAACGAAGCAACAAAGUGUGUGGGAACUCCAGGGUGGACGAAGGAGAGGAAUGCGAUCCUGGCAUCAUGUACCUGAACAACGACACCUGCUGCAGCAGCGAAUGCAUGCUCAAGGAGGGUGUGCAGUGCAGUGAUAGGAACAGUCCUUGCUGUAAAAACUGUCAGUUCGAGACUGCCCAGAAGAAGUGCCAGGAGGCUAUUAAUGCUACCUGCAAAGGCGUGUCUUACUGCACAGGUAACAGCAGCGAGUGCCCCCCUCCCGGAAACGCCGCAGAUGACACGGUGUGCUUGGAUCUUGGCAAGUGUAAAGAUGGGAAGUGCGUUCCCUUCUGUGAGAGGGAGCAGCGGCUGGAGUCCUGUGCGUGUAACGAGACUGACAACUCGUGCAAGGUGUGCUGCCGGGACCCCUCGGGCCGGUGCGUGCCCUAUGUGGACGCUGAACAAAAGAACUUAUUCUUGAGGAAAGGAAAGCCCUGUACGGUGGGAUUUUGUGACAUGAAUGGCAAAUGUGAGAAACGAGUCCAGGACGUCAUCGAGCGAUUCUGGGACUUCAUUGACCAGUUGAGCAUCAACACUUUUGGGAAGUUUUUAGCGGACAACAUCGUGGGUUCCGUCCUGGUUUUCUCCUUGAUAUUUUGGAUCCCUUUCAGCAUUCUUGUCCAUUGUGUGGACAAGAAACUGGAUAAGCAGUACGAGUCGCUGUCUCUGUUCCACCCCAGCAACGUGGAAAUGCUAAGCAGCAUGGACUCGGCCUCGGUUCGCAUCGUCAAGCCCUUCCCCGCGCCCCAGACCCCCGGCCGCCCGCAGCCCCUCCAGGCCGCCCCCGCGCCGCCCCCGCCGGUGCCUGCGGCUCCCAAGCUGGACCACCAGCGCAUGGACACGAUCCAGGAGGACCCCAGCACGGACUCGCACGUGGACGAGGACGGCUUUGAGAAGGACCCCUUUCCCAACAGCAGCACGGCCGCCAAGUCGUUCGAGGACCUCACGGGCCGGCCCGUCACGAGGAGCGAGAAGGCCUCGUCCUUCAAAUUGCAGCGUCAGAACCGCGUGGGCAGCAAGGAGACGGAGUGCUAGGCCGGGGACCCGGGCCGGGCCUCAGGCGUGCGGGCUCGUCACACGCGGGACUUGAAGUCGCUGCAUCUUUUUGUGAAGAUUUGGGAGACCCGAGUGACUUCACGGCAGACGCUGGUCACGUGUUUGGGCUCCUUCACACGCAAUAAAUGACGCUCGUGUGCUCAGGCCCUUGUCCUUUGGAAGAGGGAAGGUGAAUCUAGCUUAUUUUGAGGCUUUCAGGUUUUAGUUUUUUUGGUUUUUAAAAUAUCCUUCAACCUGUGGUGCAAAAGCAGAAAAUACAGCUGGAUUAGGUUAUGAAUAUUUACGUUUUUGUAAAUUAUCUUUUUUAUUGAUAACAGCACUGAUUGAGGACACGCUCAGUUGCUUUUAUAUACACUGUAAUGAUCCGCUGACUCCAGGGAGGCAUUUAGCAGGCCUUAGUUCUGAGGGCAACUGGAACACAGAUUUUAUUUUUUGCCUUCAGGUAAAGACAAAGGAGGUAAAAACGGAGUUCUCCGUUGUUUCCAGGACGUGGGUUCUGUUCAGAGGCAUCCAGAGCUUGUAGCAGCGGGGAGAGUCACCCCAGUUACUCCUAAACUCGGGGUAAUGCUUCUUCAGAUUCUGAGGUUGGCACUUUCUAGAAUUAAAACAGUCUAGCUUACAAAUGGUAGCCCAAUUGAAUUUACAGACUCCUGCCCACUGUGUAGGACCCCAAUUUGCUGGGCAGUUUUUGUCGUCAAAGCAGGUCUAAUGCUGUUGCCACGCUGGGAAAAUGCUCACCAUUCUAAACUACUUCCAAAUGAGAGCACCGUUGCCUCUUGGCAAAUUAGUGGCCGAGGGGGCGCGUGCGCGAGUCCUCCCCAAACAACAGGUGGUCUUGAAAGGCCAAGGUGCUGGGCAGGUGGGGGACGCUGCCCCUCCCGGGCCUGGCGCUUUCUCCCUACACAGCUGAUUCCUAAAAACCCUCUGCAGUGACCUUCUGCUUUAGUGCUUCGGGACUCUCUGCGUUUACUUUGUGAAGGAUAAACAUCAUCAAAGUGAAUUCUGAUUUCCUUAAAAUUACAGUUAGGGGGGAAGAAAGCUUUGAAGUACUGAAAUGUGCUCAGCAGCCAACACAUUCUGACCCAGACGACUUGUAAACUGAGGGCAAUUAACCAAACCUGUGACAAAUCAAAUCUUUUCUUCUAAGGACGUUUAUUAUGCAGAUGCCUGUUACACUAAUACUUGAACUCAGACCUUGUGGUGUUUGCUGUCUUCUAACUACUUGUGAUAUAUUACACUUUUGGAAUCUGCUGGGUGAGUGGGUGUAUGUGUGAGAGUGAACAGUUCCCAGCUCAGUGUCAGAAAAUCGUUUUUUAUAAAAUGGACUUUUUAAACAAA